CAAGAGCUGGGCGGCGCUUCUGCUGUUCUCUCGCUGGUGGGGAUGGCGCUGUUCCUCGCCCACGGACCCCAGCCUGGCUGCUCAAGCUCUCACUGAGCAGUCGGGACAUGGCCACCCGGAGCCGGCGCUCCUGCAACCUGGACAUCUGAAACCUCCCGCCGACGGUCCGACCCUGCCAGCCUCUUCCUCCUCCUCCUCCUCCUCCUCCCCCCAGUCCAGCGGAGCGGAGCGAAGGGGGGCAGCGAGCCAGCCAGCCAGCCAGCCCCGGGAGGAGGGUGCACUCCCUCGGCGAGUAUCGCGGGAACCGGAACGGGAAGGAUGGCGGAUAUCGAACUCACCCACCAACCGCUUCAGAGCCCCGGCGCCAGGCUGGGCGGGCAGGAGACCACCGGGAUCAGCACCUUGGAACCAGGGCUGAAGCCACCCAACUCUCCCUCUGGCAAACUCAUCCCCAUCAAGGUCCAAAUGCUGGAUGACACCCAGGAAGUGCAUGAAGUUCCGCUAAAAGCCUCUGGGAAGCAUUUGCUGGAUUUGAUUUGUCACAACCUUAACCUUAUUGAAAGUGAUUACUUUGCCCUGGAGUUUAUGGACCAUCACAAGGUUAUGGUGUGGCUGGACCUGCUGAAACCAAUUGUGAAACAAGUCAGAAGGCCCAGGCACAUAGUGAUGCGAUUCGUGGUGAAGUUCUUUCCUCCUGACCACUCUCAGCUCCAAGAAGAACUGACCAGGUAUCUCUUUGCUUUACAAAUCAAACAGGACCUGGCCUCGGGCAGAAUGACCUGCAACGACACAAGUGCGGCACUCCUGGCCUCUCACAUCAUCCAGUCUGAAAUUGGGGAUUUUGAUGAAGCUGUUUUCUCCGAGCAUUUAUCGAAACACAAGUACGUACCUCAGCAGGAGGCUCUGGAGGAGAAGAUAAAGGAGCUUCACCGGGGCCAUGUCGGACAAACGCCUGCCACCUCGGAUUAUCAGCUCCUGGAGAUCGCGAGGAAGUUGGAAAUGUACGGGAUCCGCCAGCACCGUGCGAAGGACCGAGAGGGGACAAAGAUCAACCUCUCCGUGUCCCACACGGGGAUCAUUGUGUUCCAGGGGAACAACAAGAUCAACUCGUUCAACUGGGCCAAAGUUCGCAAACUGAGUUUCAAGAGGAAGAGAUUCCUCAUUAAGUUCCGUCCAGAGAUGAAUUCCUGCCAAGACACCUUGGAGUUUACCAUGGCCAGCCGUGAUUCCUGCAAGGCAUUCUGGAAGAUAUGUGUGGAAUACCAUGCAUUCUUCCGACUGUUUGAGGAACCCAAACCCAAACCCAAGCCCAUUCUCUUCACCCGAGGAUCCUCGUUCAGAUUCAGUGGGAGAACCCAGAAACAGCUCCUGGAUUACGUCAAAGAAGGCGGAUACAAGAAAACGCAGUUUGAGAGGAAACAUAGCAAAAUGCGAUCCAUUCGAAGCCUGCCUGAUCAUCAGUCACUGGGGCUAAAACAAAAUGACGGUUUUCCUUUUGGAAAGGGUUUGCCGUCGACAGGACCUCCGACCCCCAACGAGAGGAAGGACGCGGCCGUCACUCGCCCGACCGAGGAGAAGCCGGUGGAAAGCAAGAGUCGCUCGCCGUCCCGAAGCCCCAAGACGGACGGGCAGGAGGAGGCAGCGAGGGAGAAGGCGAGAGGCCAGAGGGAGCAACACAAUGCAGUGUCCCCGGCAUACAGCCCACAUGCAUCCGACCUCUCGCUGAACUCGCAGGCGGGUCCCGGCCUCCUCAACCUGUCCCUGUCUCCCAGCCUGAGCCCCGAUGGCAAAUCACACUCGCCACUCAUCACACCCCUGCUGACCGACGCCACUUGUGUCAAGACGGACGAUGAGGAGGAGAUGAGGAGGAAGCGGUUCCCAGCAGACAAAGCUUAUUUUAUUGCCAAAGAAGUGUCCACCACGGAACGAACCUACCUAAAGGAUCUUGAGGUCAUCACAACGUCUUUCCAGAGCGCUCUGGCCAGAGACGACGCCAUGCCUGAACAGUUGAAGAACUUAAUGUUCUCGAACUUUGACCCGCUCUACAAGUUUCACACUGGCUUUCUGAGGGAAGUUGAACAAAGGCUUGCUCUGUGGGAAGGAAGGUCCAAUGCCCAUGUUAAAGGAGAUUACCAAAGAAUUGGAGAUGUGAUGUUGAAGAACCUGCAUUCUAUGAAGCAACUCACCGUCCACUUACAGAAGCACAGCGAGAUCCUGGUGGAACUGGAGAAGGCCAUCCGGAAUUCCCGGAAGCUGGAGGUGACGUGCCGGGAAUUUGAGCAGCAGAAGGUCUGCUACCUGCCCCUGAAUGUGUUCCUGCUGCGGCCGCUGCACCGGUUGAUGCACUACAAGCAGAUCCUGGAGCGGCUAUGCAAGCAUUACCCGCCCAGUCACGUCGACUUCAGAGACUCACGGGCGGCUCUGGCAGAGGUGGCGGAGAUGGCUGCGCAGCUCCAUGGCACCAUGAUCAAAAUGGAGAACUUCCAGAAACUCGUGGAGUUGAAGAGGGACCUGAUUGGGAUUGACAAUCUGAUGAUUCCCGGAAGGGAGUUCAUUCGACUGGGGUGCCUGAGUAAGCUAUCUGCAAAGGGCUUGCAGCAAAGGAUGUUCUUCCUGUUCAACGAUAUCCUUGUGUACACGAGCAGAGGGCUUACGGCAUCCAAUCAGUUCAAGGUGCACGGUCAGGUUACUCUCUACGGCAUGACGAUAGAGGAGAGUGAGGAAGAGUGGUCCGUUCCCCACUGCUUCACUCUGAAUGGCCAACACCAGACCAUCAUCGUGGCUGCAAGUGCACGGGUAGAGAUGGACAAGUGGAUUGAGGACUUGCAGAUGGCUGUCGACCUUUCCCAGCAGUGCAAUGGAUUAAACAGUGAGCUCCUGACCCCAAGUCCUGGUGAAGGGACCAACAAAUCAACUGAUGAGACAUCUGUAGAACAGGAGUCGGAAGAUGAUUUAAGUGCCUCAAGGACCUCUCUUGAGAGACAAUCGCCCCAUCGUGGCAAUACCACCAUGCACGUUUGCUGGCACAGGAACACCAGUGUCUCAAUGGUGGAUUAUAGUAUUGCUGUGGAGAAUCAGCUUUCUGGAAACUUGCUGAGGAAAUUCAAGAACAGCAAUGGUUGGCAAAAACUUUGGGUGGUCUUUACCAACUUCUGCCUUUUCUUCUACAAAUCACACCAGGACUCUCAUCCGCUGGCAAGCUUGCCACUACUGGGUUAUUCUGUUACCACCCCAGCAGAGUCUGACAGCAUUCACAAGGACUACGUCUUCAAGUUACAGUUCAAGUCCCACGUUUACUUCUUCAGGGCUGAGAGUGAAUAUACCUUUGAAAGGUGGAUGGAAGUGAUCAGAAGUGCCACCAGCUCUGCUACUCGCACACGCCUUCUAAGUCGCAAGGAAUCUCAUGCUUACUGAUCGCCAGUGGAGAAGGGUCCCUGUCAAACACACAGAUUUCCAUCACAUUUUGACUCUUUUUCUUUAAAGGAGAAAAAUAGAGUUCCAGUGCACAUUUAGUGGAGUUCCAGACCAUUUGUCUUUAAGAUAAGCCAUGCCCAUCUAGUUAAUUUAGUACUUGAACAAAAAAUACUACCAUCACUCAGCUUAUUCCAAAAUGAGGCAAAAACCAGUUACAGGCAGAUUUUGUCUCAGCCCAGAGUAACGACGAGUUUAAAAAUUGUGUAUAUAUAAAAAUAACUUCAUCAACCUUCUGCCUGGGCAGUUUUAAAGAAUGCAUUCAAGGCAAGCCCAGAAUAUACUUUUACCCAAACAUAAAUUAUAUUGUAGACAAUUUUGAGCUUUAGACCAGUAAUGUCUAGGUACUGACUGGUACAGAUUUGACAAUCAGGCUGUAGGUUCAGAUCAAACUAUGCGUGUCCUGUUAUAGUAUUGAUUUAAAGAACCUUCCAGCUUUGCAUGGCCCCAAGUCUACGGACAUCACCACUUUUGCCCAAAGAUACAGACACUUUGGACCCAACGGAACAUUAAAAGUAUUUAUCUUAUUACUUUGUAAAAAUUGCUUCCCUUUUUCAAGCAACUGCAAAUUAUUUCUAGUUGCUACAAAUUGGGUUAGAAAUGUCCAUUGCCAAGAGGCUGCUGAUUAGAUAUUUGCAAAGACUUACUUCUUACUAGACACUAAUCCGUUUUUCACAUCCUGAUAUUUUUUCCACCUACUAUAUUUAUUGAGCGAGAUCAAGUGAUUUUGAGGCUUACAUAUUGUUAGAGCACAAAAACAUUUGGAAUAGUCUUGCCAGAAGGGAACUAUGAUCAUGAUAAAAUAUUAAAUUGUUUGAGGAUCCAUGCAUCACACUGCUAAACUAAACUUAUUCAGUUCUAUUGAAGUACCAGUUUGUUUCCAGGAAAGCUCUGCUUAGAAAAAUAAAUUGAGUGUCUGGAACUAUACUGAGACUGUAAACAAACCAUUCUUCAACAGUUACCAGCACAAUGGGGAGGAGAAAAAGGCCGUCCCUUUCCAUGGCCUCAUUCCCAGUGAGUUUUGAGCCUCAUCUGCAAGAUCUCACCUAAUGUAUUGCCUGUGAAACUCUUAUUAAAUCAUUUACUUUCAACCGUUGGAUGAGCAGUCAGUUGCAUCUUAAGGUGGACCAUUUUAGACAGACAAAAUGGGGAAUAAUAUAGCAAGUUUGGCAUCCACCCGUAAAGCAAUAUCAUUACUUCCUAAUGUUACAAGUUUGGAUUUGUUCUCAUUUAUUUCAUUAUUUUCUGAAGAUUAUUCAGCGAAUGUGCCAUAAAACAUCACAUUGGAAUAUAGAAAGUGACUUUCACAUGAUGUACUGAUCCUUAAAGUUAACUUUCCCAAUGUGUACAAUCCCAUUGUAUAAUUUACUGUGAACAGAACAUUAUGUCUAUUGUACCCAGUUUUACAUCCUUUCAGCAUGCUGGGAAAUAGUAGAUAUACAGAGACUGAAGUUCCAUACAGCCGGGUUUACUGGUGGAACGGCCAUUCCCUUUUGGUAAGUUAUAUAUCUUCUCCAUUCCAGGGAACUUUCUGGAGUUUACUUGGAAUCAAUAGUUACUGAUAAAAAUUGGCAAAGCUCUUGGAAUUUGGAUCAAAGUUUAUGCCACAGCAAGUGGAAUGGCCACAGGUUCCAUGCACCACACACCAUCAAUUGGAGCCUUUAGCAUACAAGGUCACGCGGUCAUCGAAAGUGAUCCGACGUGUACCCUAAAAUCAGACUUUCCCGACCCCCAAUCUGCCCUGGCCCUCAUAAGCCAACUAUAAAUGUUAUUAUCCUCCGCCUGGAGUCAAAACAAUUCGUUUUGAAGCCAGUUGACCCAGAUAGGAUUGCCUUGUCUUUGUGCGCUGAGGGGGUCUUUUACAAGGUACCAUACUAGCUAUUCAUCAGCAUCUUCAACUGAGGCCUUGUUGUGUUAUAAAGGGUAAAAUUCCUGGUUAAUUCAGGUACUCGCUCCUUGCCCUGAUGUGCCUCUUCAUGUGGGCAGGAGUGGCAGAUUAUGUCUCGCCUUGAUCCCACCCAAGCCCAUUGCCAUUCACAAAAUGGUUGCACAUGAACAAAGGAAUAAGAACCAGGGUAUUUCCCAGAAAUUCCAGGCGUUGUCGUCAGGGCCGGAAUUUAAGGGUCAUGUUUUGAAUUUGCCUUACACUUGUCAAGAGCUUUCUUGGCGCAAGGGAAAUAAUAACACUAUCCAACAUCGAGAAAGAUAGUACUGAAUUAAGAGUUUAAAAUGUUAGAGUUCAAGAUUCUAAUAGGAAAUGUAAGAGAUAAUUCUACUAAAAGAACGAAAGCCUCUUGGGAGGAGCUGCACUGAGUUAUAUUAUGCAACUACAAAUGUUAGUGAGAUUUCAGAUAUCUGUAACAACAAGCUUAUCUGUUAAGAUUGCACGGUGCACUACCAUCCUGUCUAAAAACGUUUUGCAAGGAAAGAGUUCCUCUUUUAUAACAGAUUGUAUGGAAUUUGACUUUUUAAAAUGACCUAAACCAUUUCAAUAAACUCUAUCUUGGCACCUA